CCCCACCCAAAGCCACGGCCUGGACUCUGGGCCAACGAGGUGUGGCGGAGCUCAGCUGCAGAAGGAGGCGGCAGAGACAUCACUGAGCUCCAGGCCAUGAGCUGAGCUCUGAGCUCCGACUUGAGACGGGAGGCAAGUGCCUGCCAGUCCCAGGCCCAGGACACGGACUCCUGAGCCUACAGGCACCCGGAGGAGGCCCUGGCCUGCCCAGCAGCAGCCAGGAGCUUGGAGAACUCUGGUGGAUCUAAGGAGAAGUGCUCACUCAACCCAGCGCUGCAUCCAGCCUUCGGGUCCCUGAAGACUCCAGUUCGGAGAGGAGAAUCGCCCCAACUGCUCUCAGGCCCUUAAUACGACACAAACUUUAGGGGACAGACUUGGUGACCAGACAACCUGUGAUGAAGAUGUCCUUGUCCUCGGGAAGCUGGAGGUAGAGAGGCUCCCUGCAGGCUGUGGGGGAUCCCACCGCCUGGUUCCCACCAUGAGGGAUCUGCCGGCACUGCCUUGCCGCUGGGCCUGGCUACUCUGGUCUUUCUGCAGCUUCCAGGUGUGUGACACCCAGCCCAGAGCCCAGGAACAUCCAGGGUUUGCGGUCCUGGCUUCUGCUUCUCAUUACUGGCCCUUGGAAAAUGUGGAUGGGAUCCUUGAGCUUCAGGACACAACUGGAGCGUUGCGAACCCACAACCUCACUGUGCCUCCCUCCCACAAUGCUACCUUUGUCUUUACCAAUGACUCCGCUUACUCCAACUUCUCCGCGACUGUCGAUAUCAUGGAAGGGAAGGUCAACAAAGGUAUUUACCUCAAGGAGGAGAAGGGAGUGACAUACCUCUACUAUGGCAGCUUCAAGUCAUCCUGCAUCAGCAACCCGGCCCAGUGUGGACCUGAGGGAGUGACGUUUUCAUUUUUCUGGAAGACUCAAGGGGAGCAGCCUCGACCGGCCCCCUUCGCUUAUGGGGGACAGGUCAUCUCCGACGGUUUCAAAGUCUGCUCUAGCGGUGGAAAGGGCUCCGUGGAGCUGUACACGCGGGAUAAUUCCAUGACAUGGAAGGCCACCUUCAACCCUCCGGGUCCUUACUGGACUCAUGUCCUGUUCACGUGGAAAUCCAAGGAGGGCCUAAAAGUCUACGUCAACGGGACUCUGAGCACCUCAGACCCAAGUGGGAAAGUGUCUCACACCUACGGGGAGCCUCAUGUCAACCUGGUCAUAGGGUCUGAGCAGGACCAGACCAAGCGUUAUGAGAACGAAGCUUUCGAUGAGUUCAUCAUCUGGGAACGUGCGCUGACUCCCGAUGAGGUCAAGAUGUACUUCACAGCUGCCGUCGGUAAACACGCUCUGUUGUCUUCAACACCACCGGCGAUGCCCACAGCACACUCCGUGAUGCCCACAGACGCCUACCACCCAAUCAUCACCAACCUGACAGAGGAGAGGAAAUGCUUCCAGAGGCCUGGAACCGUGCUGCGAUACCUUCAAAAUGUGUCCCUCAGCUUGCCCAAUAAAUCCCUCUCAGAGGAAACUGCGUUGAACCUCACACAGACCUUCUUAAGAACUGUGGGCGAUGUACUUCUGCUGCCCAGUUGGACCCACGUAUCAGAGGACAAUGCUGUGACGCUGGGCCUGGUCGACACCAUCGAUACUGUCAUGGGUCACAUAUCAUCCAACCUGCAGUCCAGAGAACCCCAUGUCAUCCUCACAGGCUCUUCCUCCAUGGCAGAUUUCUCCGUGGCCAAGGUCCUUCCCCCAGCACUGAGCGCCCCCCACUACAGAUUCCCAGCCCACGGACACAGCUACAUUGAGAUUCCGAGAGAGGCCCUGCACAGCAAAGCCUGGACCACGAUUGUCGGCCUCCUCUACCACUCCAUGCACUAUUACCUGAACAACAUCCCCCCAGCCAGCACAAAGAUUCCCGAGGCCAUGAACUGCAGAGAUUGCCUUCUGUCUGUCGCCAGCCACCUGAUCUCCCUGGAGGUGUCCCCGCCGCCCACUCUGUCCCAGAACCUCUCAGGCUCUCCUCUGAUCACCGUCCAUCUCAGGCACAAAUUGACUCACAAGCAGUUGGUCGAUGCCACCAAUGAGAGCAACCGCCUCUUCCUGUAUUGUGUCUUCCUUAACUUCAGCUCCGGGGAAGGCGUCUGGUCAAGCCAGGGCUGUGCACUCACAGAGGGAAACCUCACCCACUCAGUGUGCCGCUGUACGCAUCUCACCAACUUCGCCAUCCUCAUGCAAGUGGUCCCACUGCAGCUCACACGUGGACACCAGGUGGCGCUGUCGUCCAUCAGUUACAUUGGCUGCUCUCUGUCGGUUCUCUGUCUGGCUGCCACGCUGGUCACCUUUGCAGUCCUGUCUUCUGUCAGUACCAUUCGGAACCAGCGUUACCACAUCCAUGCCAACCUGUCCUUUGCUGUCCUGGUGGCCCAGGUUCUGCUGCUCAUCAGCUUCCGUGUGGAGCCUGGCACGGUCCCGUGCCAGGUACUGGCUGUUCUCCUGCACUACUUCUUCCUGAGUGCCUUUGCUUGGAUGCUGGUGGAGGGACUGCAUCUCUAUAGCAUGGUGAUAAAGGUCUUCGGGUCAGAGGACAGCAAGCAUCUCUACUACUAUGGGAUUGGCUGGGGGUGCCCUCUCCUCAUCUGCGUCAUCUCCAUGUCAUUCUCCAUGGACAGUUAUGGGACAAGUGACAGCUGCUGGCUGUCCCUGGGAAGUGGUGCCAUUUGGGCCUUUGUGGGCCCUGCCCUGCUGGUCAUUGUGGUCAACAUCGUUAUCCUGGUAGCCGUGACGAGGGUCAUUUCCCACAUCAGCACCGACAGCUACAAGAUACACGGGGACCCCAGCGCCUUCAAGUUGACGGCCAAGGCUGUCGCUGUGCUCUUACCCAUCCUGGGAACCUCAUGGGUGUUUGGAGUGCUGGCCGUCAGUGACCGGGCCCUGGUCUUCCAAUACAUGUUUGCUGUCCUCAACUCCUUGCAGGGCCUCUUCAUCUUCCUCUUUCACUGUCUCCUAAACUCAGAGGUGAGAGCGGCCUUCAAGCACAAGACCAAGGUCUGGUCCCUCACGAGCAGCUCCGCCCGUACCACGAACACUAAGCCCUUCAGUUCCGAUAUCGUCAACGGGACCCGGCCAGGCGUGGCAUCCACAAAGUUAAGCCCUUGGGACAAGAGCAGCCUUUCUGCCCACCGUGUGGACCUGUCCGCUGUGUGAUCAGGGUGGCUGCCGUUCAAAACAAGUGCCUUCCCCGAAGCAGAGAAAAAAAAAAUGCGCACCCUGCCUCCAUCAUGGGUCCCUCUCCCUGCUGCCUCGGCCUGGGAUCGCAGCCCCGACCUAUAACUGUGCAGAGUAUCCUCUCUAUCACUGCAAUUUGACUCAGGGUGGUGUGGCCAGCGAUGACGUGGCCCUUCUUCCCUGAUGUGGUCGGCACACCUCUGUCCUCUGUGCACACCAGAGUGCGAUGUAGCCCAUGGUGACACUAAGUGAGAACCUCCCUUGUUAUCAUGUGCAGAGAGUACAGUACCAGCAAGGCUGUGAUAAAUGAGACGGGAGGAUGCAGCUCUAAGAGGUCAUAACCUCCAGCCUUGCUGGAGACUGGAAGUCCUGAGGGGUACUUAAGGUCCUGUGUGUCUCCAGAGGGUCAACAGACGUAGCUGCAUUAAUGGGGGCAGGGGAGAUGAGGCCAGCACUAAUUGGAAUAUACAUCUUCAUGUAAGGGGACAUAAUUGGGCCACCCCCCACCCUAGCUGUACACCAGUUCUGGGGUCUCUGCUUUUGCCUGUCCGGAGUCACCCACUAUCCUGUGGAUGGAGCCUUGUGAAGACAGUCUAAUGGAGCCACUGCCUAGGAACUGACUCAGCCUAUUCCUUGCAAGCUGUGCCUCGCUGGACCUAAAGUCAGCCUUAGGUUUCAAACAUGAACCUCUCUCUGUCCACUGCCUCCUCCAGGACUGAGAUCCUCUGCCGGGGAACCGCCUGCAUCUGCAUCUCCUGGUUUUCUGGGAGGGGCGGGGCGGGGCGGGGCGUAGCUACCCCUAUGGUCUGCUUUCUUGUUACUUAGAUAUGCCACCUCUGUGUAAGAGCCAACGAGGCACCAGAUCGCUUAGACAUUGGAUGUCCCUCAUGCCAUACACCAGACCAACCACCACACGGCAGAGACUGAUUUCUUUCCAUCAGUGACCACACCAAGUCCCCAUUCCUGGGCAGGGUGGCCACUGGAGGCCUUUGGGGUUGGCGUGAGUGGACAGAAUCAGACCCAGCCCGGGGAAGCGCAGUCAGUUCAUUGUGACAAUUGCAUGUCAACAAGAUCCUCGGGUGGGUGGGGAUCACGGAGAAUUAUGGAACAGGCUGUGAAGGGUCAACUAGUGUGACAGGAACCUAAGCGUCUAUGACAGGCACAGCUCGGAUGGCCAGUCUGACCCUGAUACUGGAAAAAACCCAUUUCCCAUGACAUCCCUGAGCCCCUACCCCACCCCACCCCACUUGCUUGGCUUUAGAGCAUGUUUCCACUCAGUUCUAUGGAUCUUUGGGGCUUUGAUUGAUUUCUUUUCUUGUUCUCCAUUCGUAAUGAAACGGUGCAAGGGCCUGGCAUAGCUAGGCACGCACUCCACACUGAGCCACACCCCAGCCCCAAAGGGACAGCCCCCACGUAGGCAUCUCUUCCAGAAGCCAGAAGGCUAUAGGACCAGACUUGGUUCUGUCCAAGCCAGGACUUAAAUCUAUGAGCCAACCGGGCCCCUGCGACCUACCCUCCUGCAGCCCCUUUGGCCAGUGCGGCUGAGGUCAUGCCGAGACUCUGUGUUUGGUGACGAGUCCUGUCUACAGAAUGUGUGUGGUCACUGCUCAGCAUCUCACUACUCCCCAAGGCCAAAACCAGUGACCCAGGGUCCGACCUGCCCUGCUGAGCUCCCAGUAGUGAGAACACUGUAUCCCCCCCAUGCAUACUGGGCUCCCACUGAGGCAAGGCAGGCCAGGAUUGUCUUUAUUCCCAGUGGGAUUCUCAGUUCCUGGCUCUUUGUAAUACUCGCCCAUAUGUAGCUGAUAUAUCAAGAGAAGCCAAGAGCAAAUCCUGUCUCGGCUUCCCGUUUCCAGUGAGUGAAAGCGUGUGGUUUAUUUAUAGGCUACCUACUUUGGCUUCUGCAAUCAUUUAUUAUCUGUGUGUAAUUUGGCCCCACAUAAAUUAGAAAGCAUGGUGUGUGUGUGAGUAGUUUACAGCAGAGGGGAGAUGAUGAGUUGCUGCUAUAGUGAAGACAUGUUGUGGUUUUGAUAAAAUAAACUCUCAAUGUCCUUUA